GCCAACGUGUAGCCUUACAUACGACUGAAGGGAAACGGCGCUCAUCACGGCAGAAACAGUCAUCGGCACGUUUAUAGUGGCUCUGCUGGGGUUUUUCUUUGCUCAGCUCGGCUUAAAAUAUGAACACUGAGCAAAGGAUUCAUUUUUUCUCCUGGAGAAACUCAACGGAUGCCUCUAGUGGAUGAAUCAAGCAGCCGCUGGAUCUGUUUCACCCUCCUCACCAUGGAGCUGUGGUCUCAAGGAGUAGCUGUGAUCUGGACACUGUCCUUGUUUUACAGUAUAUCCACGGUUAGAGGUUUUGAGAUGAAAACGAUAUAUUGCACGAUAUCUGACAGCUGUGACUGUGACUUCAAGCCAAACAUACAGGGACUGGAGUGGGACCUCUAUAAAAAUGUAUAUGGACAGCAUCUGGCGCAGGAUAUUGUGUCAGAGUCGGUGGCCAGUUUCCUGCAGAAAAGAAGUCCAGAUAGACCACUGGUGCUGUCCUUCCAUGGAGCAUCAGGGACUGGUAAGACUAUGGUCAGCACGAUGCUGGGACGCCACCUGUAUGGAACAGCUAUGGGAAGCCCUUACAUCCAUCAGUAUGUCCCCACCCUGCACUUUCCCUUAGCUGACCGGGUGAAGCAAUACAGGUCAGAUCUGAAGCGCUGGGUGCAGGGUAACCUCACGGCCUGUGCCCGCUCUAUCUUUAUAUUUGAUGAGAUGGAGAAGAUGCCCCCUGGUGUGAUUGAUGUAUUAGAACCGUUCCUUGGGCCUUCGCAUGUUGUUUUCCAGACUAACUACCGCAAGGCCAUCUAUAUUUUUAUCAGCACUGCAGGUCAGGAGGUCAUUAACAAAGUAGCUCUAGAGAGCUUACAAACAGGACGAGACAGAGAGGAGAUCCAGCCAGAGGAGCUUGAGGAGGCCAUUGCAGAGGCUGUGUACAACAAUAAGAAUAGUGGAUUCUACCAUUCCAAAAUAAUUUCUGAAAAGCGAAUAGCUCAUUUUGUGCCCUUCCUGCCCUUGUGUCGGCGCCACGUGGAACGCUGUGCCCAGCGGGAACUGUGCCAACGUGGUGAGUGCCAGCACAGAGCCGUGGCAGCGGCAGUAGGGGGCGCCGUAACCUACACACCACAGGAUGGACAACACUUCUCAAACACUGGGUGCAAAUUAGUGCCUGCUAAAGUCAACCUUUUCCUCUGAGGACUGAGAAACAAUGUCUGUGGUCAGACAUGAACAGCAGGCCGGGUGGAGUUCAGCCAUGUGCCAAUCUGCAGGCAGUGAACAAGCUUCUGUAGAAGAACUGGUGAGAAGUGGCCUGAAAAUCAGAAAUGCAGCUUUGGACACUGCCUUUUUUUUAAGAAAAAAAAUCUGAGUUUACAUUUGGGAUCAUGGUGUCUUCAUGUAGAUACUCAUAAAUACCUUGCUGGCAAGGUUUGCCUCUAAGAAGCUUCUGUAUGUGCCAGAUUUCUGUGUAAAGAGGUUCUGCUGAUGAUCAUUUUAUUAGGUAGAUGCACAGAGUUGCCAUCAGCUGAUUUGAGUUUUAAAUUAAAAGGGAAUGGCAUUCUCCUGCUCAGAUAUUUUGUCUGACUGAGGAGGAUUUUUAAGUGUAUUUAAACAAAUUUACUGGUUUAAAAAUCAGGAUUUUACAAUCUUUUAAUUAUUUAUGAGAGUCUGUGGAAUGGAGUCUACUAGAGAGUACUGUAUUCUCAGUCUUUACCAAUAGGUGACAGUACCGUCACAUUUGGACUGAUAAGCCGUCUUACUUAUUGCUAAUUCAGCAUCUGAUUGUACAAAGUGUUGGAAUGUUGAUUCCUUAAAAUGUUAUACAGAUAUAUUGUUAGAAGUAAGCAGCAAACAAUUUGUGUUAUUGCAUCCCUCCAAUUAAAUAGGGAUAUGCCAUCGUUGCUGCCAAAUUAGUCCAUGUUUUAUAGUGCAAGUUGCACAUUUCAAUGAUUUUUUUUCAAUGAUUAUUUACAGUAACUCACACUCUGUACUAUGGAUACAGUGUUGGGUUGUAAAUGGGAUGCAUAUGUACAUAUGAGAAACUGCAAGAGCAGAUUUGGAAGUUAAAACUGAAGGUUCUAAUCCACCUAUGUGGUACAUCCUGAAAUGUCUUGAAAAUUCUGCUUGCCUUUAACAACUAAAACACGUUUUUUCAGUAUUAAACUGAAAUUUUUUCAAAUUAAUUUUUCUAUGCACACUAUUCAAAAAUUAAACUCUAUAGACUUAGUACUGCUUAUUUUCUUUUACUUGGUCCUUGUAUGUGAUAGCCAUACUUUCCUCUGACCAAGGGGUAUCAUGGUAUUUAUAGGUUAUGGCUGUCAGAUGACUUAUUCAUACCCAAUCCCAAGCACUCAGCUCACACACUAUAUGUUCUGCUGAUGGCAAACAUGCCUUGUAUUUACUGAAUUCAGUUACUUUAAGGUGAAUGCAUUGCUGAGACAGGCAUUCAGACACAUACACCGGGCAUGUAAUCAUAGAAAGUAUUGCCAAGAGAAUGGGACAAUCUGGAGCAGUUUCACCUAAGGUCAUUUGGUCUGCUCUGUUCUGAGGAGCAGUGGAACUGCAUACUCUGUGAGUGAUGGAGCACCAUCCAAUUCCUUUGGUGUGAUUUAGAGGGGUGUUUGUGAUCCAGAACUAAUCAUGCAACCUCAGUACCUGACCUCACUACUGCUCUAUUGGCUGAAUACAGUAAAAUCCUCAUAGCAGUGUUCUGACAUCUAGAGUUAAGCCUUCUCCGAAGAGCAGAGGCUGAUGCUGCACCUUUGAUUUCAGAAGAAAUGUUAAAUAUACUGUAUAUUGACAUAUAGGGCCAGUUUCCUGGACUCUAAGUCUAGCCCUAAAAUAACUUCCAAUGAAUGGAUCACCAUUAAUGCUUCAAUUUAGUCUAAAGCUAGGCUUAAUCUGUGUGAGAAACAGGCCCAAAGUGAAUAAUACCACUGUUAACCAUGAAGAGGAAAAAAGUACUGUACUUCAUAGUGCCUCCGAUUAUCAAAUUAAAAGCCCAUUUGUUUUUCUCUGUUCA